AUGGGUUGUGGCUCGAGUAAAUCGGAAAACAUACCAGAUGAUGUAAAUAUUCACUCACAGCCGUCAACGGCUAAUGGCGAUACUUCCCAUUUCCAACCUGUCACUUGUGAAAAAAAUUCAGAGAAGCCAUCUGUUGAUGUCCCUCAAGGUACAAAAGAAAACGGAAUCGGUGCAAAGUCAGUUGAGCAGCGACACGGCUUUGAUGGGACAAAAACUACAACCAAGGCAUCUCAGAUGACAAUUUUGCACUUCAAUGAUGUCUACAACAUCGAGCCACGGGACAGGGAGCCGGUUGGCGGUGCGGCUAGGUUUGCUACCAAAGUAGCAAGUUUUAAACAUUUGAACCCAUUAAUUGCUUUCAGUGGGGACUGUUUAAAUCCUUCAACGAGUGAGUAUGCUCGUAAGUUAGCGUCGCCGUACAAUAACUUCAAACAGGGCAGCAGUUCACAAGUAAUGGCUCAACAGACCCUUUUAGCUUGCAUGUUUUGUUUACCCCAUUUCAGAUCAUGUGAUGAUACUUUAGAGAACUGUUUCUUUCAAGUUUCCUCUUAUUCACGUGCAUAUUUACGCAUAAUUUACAAAAGGUAGAGCAGGGAAUCUCCAGAAGACCUGAAAUGGGUAAACGAAACAUACGAGCUAAGGAGGCCCAUUACCAGACAGAUGAAGGAAAUUGCUCCCUUGUCGUAUUGCAAGUACACUGUGGCUUUGCAGUUGGUUUGUUGUCGACGUGCAUUGUAAAAAAUACAAUACCUUGUAUAGAUAAAGGGAUUGAACAGGGAAAUUUGGGGAUUGCCAUCUGGGACCCUCUGUUGUAGUGAAGACCUGUGUUGCUGUGUUGUGACAUAUUGUAGCUGUGUUGUGACAUAUCUUGGUGGUGGGGAGGGGGAGUGGGGGGCGAAGUUCUGUUGGCCAUGUAAUUCUAAAAGUAAUGGGGACAGCUACUUCUGGAACUCAUAAUGAUGUGGGUUAUUUUAACAAUUGCUAGACUGUCCUCAUGGGAGAGACAAAUAUAAAAAUUAAUGCCUCUUUAACCCUUCCUUGUUUAUUGAGAGAAUUCAGUGGCCAAUUUUUUCUUUUUUCCUUAUAAUUAUCAGUGAGCAGUGUGACUGGUGGCAAACAGAUGAUCCCAAUUCUAAAUGCAUUAAAUGUCCAUGUUGCUGUAUUUGGAAAUCAUGACUUUGGUAAGUGUUAUGUAGGAUUGUGGUAUUAACUUUAAUAUUGCUUACUUAACCUGCUAGAGGGAUUGUAGUAUUUCCAUGUGUAAUUUGCAUGCAGUACAUGCAGUUUAAAGGGAGGAUAGGCUCACUUUGUAGAUACAGUCCUUGUAGGGACCAUGUGCUGCUCUCCAUGCAGAUACUUUUAAUUUUACAGGGAGCAUCUGAAUCUAAAGUUAUGUUCAGCCAUUGUACUAGAACUCAUUACCUACAUGUAAUGAAGAUACAAUAUCAGUGUACCAUUUGUGGACUGCGUUGGUUGAUUUUCUUAUUUGCCACGCUUUUUCUAGUUAAAAUUUUUUCUAUGAGUCAAGAUAUCAUUCCUUGAGUUCCUGUUAUUUAUUUUUUUUUUUUCUACAAGAGAAUUUAUCCUCUGGUUGACAAUUCAAGUAGUCAAGCUUUAAAAUAAAUAUAAGUCAAGUUCCUGGUGGCAUUUGUUGUUGGUGACUAAAGUUUAUUGACUGCAGCUCUUUUAUGCAACAUUACUUGAAUGAAUUUGUCAAUUUUUUUUUUCAGAUUUUGGUGUAGAUGAGUUGAUGGAGUUUAGUGCUGCUACCAAUUGUCCAUGGCUUCUUAGCAAUGUGAUCGACAAUGUGACUGGAAAACAGCUGGCUGGUGGUAAAAUCAAACAUAUUACAGAGUGGGGAGAAAGAAAGGUUGGUGAAGCCUCUUUGAUUUAUUUCACCAUUUGAUGAUAUGAUCCUGAGCUAGUUUCUUUUUGAUGAAAGGGGGUAAGUUUCUUAAGAUACAAUGGUGCUGCAUCAGUAAGGUGGUACAACUGGAUAAUUUGGUUCUAUCAACUGAGUUGAUAAUGCAAAUAGGCGACUGCAACGAGUUCCUAAGGCUGCCAUUUUGUGAGUCAACCAAUAUUCUUUUUACAAACCCUUCUAGGUGGCUAGUAUAUAUUUUUACCAAAUUUUUUUACAUUCAGAUCUAUUUUUCUCAACUUUGCUCAGGAAUUCAUCUCUGUUUUCAACCAGUCAGAUGUAAUUAUUAUUCUAAAACCAGUUGCACCUUUUUUCCCUACAUUUUUCUGUAUCUUGGGCAGUUUACUUUUUUCAAUAUAGGUUCAAAGCCCUCCUCGAGUUAUUAUUUUCCUAGCUUCGUUCUGAUUGGCUGUUGGGAUCAACCCAUUAAAGUUUUGGUUUAGCAAAACUCAGUCAAAAUGUGCUCAAAUUACAACUCCUGUUUGGUUUAGAUUGGUUUUAUUGGCUUAGUGGAAGAAGAGUGGCUUGUUACCCUGGCAACAGUUGACAGGGAAGAGGUCACAUACUUUGAUUUUGUAACAGUAGGUACAAAGUUGGCAAAAGAACUUAGAGAAGAGGUGAGUAUUUUCUUUAAAAAUUCUUGUGACCAGAGAGACUUCCUUGCCUUUGAAAUCCUCAGAAUGUAGAGUUGAAAACCAUCUUAGUUUCAAGAAAAAGGGUUAGUUUCCUUAUAUCUCAUGGUUGUUGUGACAAUGUUGUUGAUUGUGGGGUCUACCAUAGGAAUGUUGCUAAUGAUGAUUAAGAAGAAUACUGAAGAAGAUCUGACAGGCUUAACCCUUCACUCCUAAGAUCUUAUUAAUAAUUCUCCUUACUUCUAUACAAUUCUUAUGAUGUAUGUCUGGAGAAUUUGGUAUUGGAUUAACUAAUAAUCUCUUGCUUGGUAUUUUCCUUUUUUCCUCAUUACCUGUCUGCUUGAUACUAUAAAAAUAUUGUAAGGAGAAAUUCUGUCAUAGUCACUCCUGGGAGUGAAGGGAUGAUAGACUGUGUUUUUCUCUGUGAAAUAUUAUCUCCAAUUAUCAUCACUUUUUUAUUGUUGGUAAAUAUUCCUAAAUAAAUGUCACUUUGGAAUAAAAUUUCUAACUGACAAGAAAUAUUUCUUUCCCUAUAUAGGGAGCAGAGUUUGUGGUAGCCUUGACUCACAUGCGAGGACCAAAUGAUCGUCGUCUGGCACAGCAAGCAACUGGCAUAGAUCUAAUUUUGGGUGGUCAUGAUCAUGAUUACUUCACCGAGAAGGUUUAACAUCUCUUUCCUUUUGUAUUUGAGUUUAUUAUGUACUUAUUGACAAAUUAAGGGUCCAUUUUCAGGCUUUACAAGAGUUAAGUACAUCGACUACUGGAAAUGACUACGUAUGGUUUUUUUUUGUACCUCCUAGAUUAAUGGUGUUAAUGUCAUUAAGAGUGGAACAGACUUCAGAGAAUUUAGUAUUAUUACUGUCACCUUUUUUGAUAACAACCACAACAAAUGCAACAACAGCAGUAGCAGUGGCAACAAAUCUUUUUCAAUAGAUGUUGAAAGAGUGGAAGUCACAAGUGAUAUACUAGAAGACACUGAAGUGAAAUCCACAGUUGAUAAAUAUGUUGGUAAGCUAAUUACAUUUUUAUUCCUAGAAAUGUUCAAAACAUCUAGAUUUUAGUAUUUCAGUGAUUUAAAACCAUCAGUGUUCCUGAGAGGUGUCUCAGAAGACCAGGCAUUAACCUCAAGAGUUUAUGUUGCUCUGGUGUCUUCUGAGAAGUUGGUUUCUGCAUUCAAUUUCAAUACUAGUCAGUGCAUCACAGUACAUUUGAAUAGAUUCAUUGUGUUUAUUCUGAAGUUCAAACUGGUGCUGUCAAUAAUCUUAUCAAUAUUCUUAGCCUAACUGAAAAGAGACAUGAGACAUGAGACCUGAGACUUGUUUGCCCUUAAUUUGAUGCUGUGCUGAAAUUAUUUUAUCUAACAAGGUGAGAUGAACAACUUGAUGGAAGAAGUGAUUGGUGAAGUGCAAGUAGAGCUUGAUGGAAGGUUUUCCAGCAUGAGAACAAAGGAGACCAACCUGGGUGAGUUGCCCGUUGAUGCCUUACUUUUUGGUGAAACUACACGCUUAUUCCACCUUCAAACGCUCACUUUUAACUUCCUACACAGCUACAGAACUCACUUACCUUUAGAUGCUGUUUUAACUCAUUUAAAUGAGGUGAUUUUUGGCAUUUAUGCGAGGGAUACUUUUGUUUCCAAAUUUUAUUUUUUCAAAUUAAAAUCAUUAUGGCAAAUCAUAUGUAAAAAAGUUUGUGACACAGAAACUUGUUUUUAGAUCCAAUUAUAGCUCCUUGCUUUUAAUAUAAAUUUACAAGUAUGGUGUACUAGAUUAUUAUAUAGAAUGUAGUGUAAUAAAUAAUAUUUUUGAUCAACUGUAUUUCACUCACAACACUAGUACUUAACUUACAAUCCAUAACUAUUCUCCAAGGCAAUACCUACAAUAGAUUACCUUCUGUACAUUAAUUACAACAAACUAAACUUCUUAGAAUGACUAAUGACAAUGUCUCUUUCUUUUUGCUUUCUGCUGCACCAUAGGAAAUUUUAUAACAGAUAUCAUACAAAAUGUUACUGAAGUGGACUGUGUUAUUCUUAACUCCGGCACCCUCCGAUCAGAUAGCAUUCAUCCCCCUGGAAAGUUCAAAAUGAAGGUGCAAGUGUUAAUAUUUUCAAGGAUGAAAAAUCUUGUUUUACAAUGUAACAUAUGGAGAUAGUGGAAGCAAUGUUUGUUCUGGCAAAAGCCAACCAGUGCAAUUAGGCUAGCUUUUGUGAUGACCAUUCAACAAUGACAACUGACUUGUAUAGGGUGUCAAUCAUGGGUUUCUAUAAGAGCUGGUUGCCGCCAUCUGUUUAGCCUGCAAGCAGGCUCUUGUGUUUGGGUUUGCCACCUUAAGGCACAGCAGCUUAUUUCACCAUUAGUAGCUGCUUCACCCUUUAUACCCUUAUAUCAGUUUGCAUAGUCUCCAUACUCUCCUUUACACAUUUUGUAAGGUAUUGAGAGGGAGAAUUUGUGUAGAGCCUCUUAAAGUGGGUUGUUUUUUCUUUUAUUCUCAUGGUCUAAAUGCUUGAUUAAGAGAUGAUACUGUAAGGAGAAAGUAGGAGCCAAUCACUCUCAGGGUUUGAAGGGUUAAGGAAAAAGUCAUUGAAACCCCUAGUGUUAAUUAGGCCUCAGAGAAAUAUUUGGUUACCAUACACAAUUCUGUAGCUAGCUUUUGAUGGCUUGAGCUGUUUUUUAUUCAGAUUUGCAGUUGUUUAGAUAUAAUUUACCUUUUCCUUAACACCAUUCUUUUGUUAUUCAUUCCUAACCCUUAAACUCCCAAAAUCUGAUUGUUAAUUCUCCUUUCUUGCUGUUACACAUUUCCUUGUAAAUCAGUUCUGAGAAUUUGGUGUUAGAUCAAGAUAAAAACUCCUAACUGAUGAGUUUGAGUUUUCCUGUUACUGUUUUCUGGAUAAUGUAUGGAUGGUAUAGGGAGAAGUUACAUCUUAAUCACCUUAGUGGGAGUUAAAGGGUUAAUAAACACUGUAUACCAUGUAUUUUCCAGGACCUCUCAGCCAUCCUUCCUAUGCCUGAUGUGUUGGUGGUGUUGGAAUUGACAGGUAUGUCAGCUCUACAAAAGUAAAAUUGUGAUUUUUUUAUAAUAUUGGGUGAUUUUCUGAUGAUGGUAGUCUUGUGAAUGAUGUUGGCAGAGACAAACUGGUGUUUCAACAUUAUCUGAGCUGAAGUUGUAUUUGAUCAAAAUCUGUUGCUUUCAUUUGAUAUCAUGCACGUGUGUUAGUGAGACAGUUACAUGCAAGUUUGGAUUUAUAAAAGAGCCUUUGUUUUAGGUGAUCAGAUUUUAGAGGCACUAGAAAAUGGAGUCAGCCAGUGGCCUAAACUUGAAGGAAGAUUUCCUCAGGUUAGUAAAAUAUAUUUUAAAUUUCAUACAAAAUUUCAGAAGCAAUUAGGAUCAUCGUUUCCACUCUUGAUUUUGAAAUGGGUGUUGAAAACUGAAUUUAAAUUUUUGAUACAUUUAUAGAUUUUGUCAGUAAGGCCAAAUAAUAAUUUUUUACAAUAAUGUACAAAAUGUUGCAUGAAAAAAGUAUCAAUUUUGUUUGAAUGCAAAAGUGAUUGUGGAUUACUUUGCUUUGCUCAUUUAUUGGUCUAGAAAACUUGCAACACCAUCUCAACCAAUCAAAUGUAAAACUAAUCAACGGUCCAUUUUAUAAUUGCCUGUUUGUCUGCCAAGCCUUUGAACAGAAGUGAGGCUAAGGUUGACCUUGUUAUGAUACAAAUGUUGCUGCUUUUCAAAUGUAAAUUACUUUGUUAUCAUGCCAACUAGAUAUUGGUCUCUAUCACAACAUGGUCACCUUCAGCCUCACUCCAAAUCAAAGGCUUGGCAACUAAGUACACAACUAAGUACUGUAAAAUGGCCAAUUACCAGCUUGGUUGCUCACAUUUUCCUGUGCUUCAAGCUGGUUGCCUGUUUUUACUUUGAGCUCUCAUCAGUUAAUUAUAAUGAUAACCUUCGUUCUGAUUAGUAAUUGUGAUUACUUUGAUUUUGGUUUUUCAACACACAAUUUGAAAGUGCUCUCAUUAAUUGAUGAAAUUUUCCUUGCUGAUGAAUUGUAAGGAUUUCAAGUUAUUACAUUGGGUAUAGCCUUGAAAAAGUAAUUUGGAACCUAUGCAGCUAAGAUGUAAAUUGGGUGCUUAGCAGUACCUGAUUCAUCUGUAUUUCCAAAUAUAUUCGUAUGGACUGAAUUUAUUUUAACACUAUUUUAGUAAUUUUAGAAUUGCUAUAAUUAUGGGGCUAACUGAUUCGCUUAAUUAUUUUAUUUUUUUAUGUUGUAAGGUGGCAGGAAUAAAAUUUUCCUUCAAUCCUGACAAAGAUCCUGGAUGCAGAAUAUUGGAGGACUCUGUGAGCAUCAACAAUGAGCCACUUGUCAAAGAUAAGGUUUGUAAACCUUAAACCUCCUUUGUAAACUGAUUUUAGGUUACUGUGGUCUUCAAAACUUCAGAUAUGUAUGAGGAGUUCUGAGUUCAUAUUUCAUUUAUAAAUGUUUCUGAAAUUUUGAAUGUGACAUAGAGAUUGGUCUUCAGUGUGACUUGUGGACAUGUGGCUUGUUUGGUUGGUAACUCUAGUAUUAUUGCAUUAUCCACAUUGUUAUCACUGUGAUAGACUAAGAGCAGAGCCUCCUUUUCAGCUGAGUCUCAUUAGUCCAAAAAAAAUCUGUUAUAGAAAUAAAUGAUUUUGGUUAUUGAACCAUGCAGAAGUCUGGGAAUGUGUUGCACUUCGCUCCCAGAGUUCUGCAUAACAUGCUAACAUCAACUUUUCUUUUGCUCUUCCUUGCUCUUCCUUACUCUUCCAAAAGUUCAUAUUGCAUUCUUGCUGAAUGACAAAAUAGAAGAAUGGAUUAUUUUAAAUCCUUAUAGAGAUACAAAGUAUCUACAAAGUCAUAUCUUGCAAAGGGCAAAGAUGGUUAUCAAGUAUUUACCAAGGGCAAAGUUCUGGUGAGUUAAAUUUGAGAUACCAAACAAUUAUAUUGAGGGAAAAAUUUGAACACAGGGUUGUUACUCUAUGAUAACUUUAAGUUGCAAGUGUUGUAAGCUUAUCGUUGGUGUUACAGGGAAAGGGAAGUUAAUUUAAAACCUGUUUGUAGCCUAAUAUCAUAAUCAUUUAUCCUUUAAUGCCACCAGAAUAUAUGAUUUUUUUAAAUAUUUUGUUGGGGAUAAACUAUCUGAGGUGGUGGCCAAAUGGACAUGAUUUAACACUUUCACACACAAGAUCAAAAAAUCGAUUCUCUGGACCAGUAUCAUACAUUUCUUUCUUGGUUGGUCUUGAGAAUUUGGUGUCUUAUCAGGACCAGAGUUCUUAACCCUCUUACUUCUCAUUCUCUUUUGGAUUUCCUUUUUUGUAACCUUCAUUAUUUCCAUCUAGGUUGAUGAAGAGGAUGGUUCGAUUUUAAACACAAUUGUCAGGAACCAUUUUCACUCAAUCAAUAUUGUUAGAGGUGCUACAAAAUCAAAAUCCUCCCACAGACAAAGUCUAGCUAUGUGAGUACUUAUCAACACAUUUCUGUUCAUAUUAAAGAGAGGUUGCAUGUCAAGAACCCUUGGUCAGGUGAAGAAAAUAGUGACAGCUUUAGAAGUUUUGGCAUGUAGUAUUGUUGAAUAUUUUUAUGAGUUGUGUUGCGCCUAUUUUGACAAGCCUGUAAGGCAAGUUAAUAUAUAACUUACAACAAGUGAAAAUACUCAGCAAUACUAUGCACUAAAACAUCUAAAGAAUUAUUUAUUAUCCCAAUGUUUUACUCAAUGUGCAUUUUAAAAUGCACAUAGAAUAAAUCAUUUGAAUAAUAAAUAAUAGGGUGGGGAAAGCAAAGCAGAUAAGGAAGCGUAGCACAUGCAGCCAAGUGGUUCAACAGGUUUUUUUUACGAUAUGAAAUAACCAACACACCCACUUUGUGAUAAUUAUUCAUUUUUAAGCACUCAGGAAAUAAAAGAUGAAGAGUUUUGCCUGUUAGUCACUAGGUAACCAUACCAUUACCAACAACUCUCAGCAAAACUCACGGGACACCUAAGAACAAAAGGGUUGAAAAUAACCAAAUUUAAAAACUGUGUACCAAUGGGUACCCUCCUCUCCCUUUGCCAUGUUGAUUAGAAUUCUUGAAAUACAGCAGAAGAUUUGCAGUUGAUAUCAACUUUACUAAGGAAAGGCAAGGGGUUUGGAGCACUCUAAUGAGAUUAAUAUUUGCAAUAGUUUAAGUCUAUUUCAAGAAAAGUUUUUCAGCCCUGUAACAAAAUGACUUAACCUCUGACAGUGAUAAUGUUGUCUUAGUUUUCUAUUAAGUUACUCAACUGAAAUAACUGUAACAAAUUUAACUUAAACUUGCCAUCACAAUGUAAGCAUUACACUUUACAUUGUAACAAAUAACAUUGCCUUCAAGAUCACUCUUGUACAGUAGAGACAACAGUUAACCCAGAAAACAUAAGAUUUCAACAACCUAAUUCCUUACUACCUUACUACCCGGUAUACAACAAGUGCAUGAGUGCUAUGCUAAGUAAGCAAUAUAAGUGAAUAAACACAAAACACACAAAACUAUUCAAACUAAAUUGUGCAGACUCUAGCAAAGAAUGUGUGGCAUUUUACUAAAUAGAGUUCUUUGCAUGGAGUUUAUCUGGUAUUUUAAUUACAUUGAGUAGACAACAAUCACCAGAUGAAAAUAGUUGGCAUUAAAACUCUUUCUAAUGAUGAUUUAAAACAUUUGGUUAAAUAAUUAAAAAUUAAAUAACAUAUAUAUGGCUAUUAACAAUAACAGGCAAAGUAAAGACCCAUUAAUCAGCAGUGAUGAAAUGAAAGAAAAUGGCUGUGAUGCAAUUCAACAAGUCAGCUGGUGAGGACAACUGUUAGGGCAGAACCAGGGUAGACAGAAGAUUGAAGAAAUCAUUUGUCUACUCUGGUAACUUUAGCUUAAAUUGAAAUAUGCUAUAUAAUCCUAUAUCCUAUAAGUUUCUUACUGAGUCAAAGUCUCUUGGAAUCCGUGGAUUGGCUCAGAUUUGGGCUUCCUUCUGAAAGGUCUUAGUAUUACUAUAAGAAAUAACUUACACAAAUAAGAAUAAGUCUUGUGCAUACAUGCACCAACUGUUACAAGCUUUUGUGUACUAAUUUUUUGUUGAAUAACCAUAAAUAUAAGUUAAAACAUCUUUUAAAAAUCUUUUAACAGGCGAUGUAGAUCAUCUGACAUUAUUGAUGAUGGAAAUAAAAAAUCAUCAUUUCUUAGUCUGGAAAAAGAGCAUAUCAGCAUUUCACCAAAGGUUGGUGUUGUAAUAACUUACUAGUAAAGUCAUCAUACAAGCCAAGAAGGCCACAGCAAAACACAUGCAACAUUUCAUUGAAACAUCUUGCAACAUUGUUGGAUCAUGUUGUGAGGGGGUUAGCCAAAUGCAUGCAACAUCUUGCUACAUCCAAAAAUGUUGCAACAAAAAUUUGACUAUUUUCAAACUUGAUUCAACACUGUCAAACAUCUUGCAACAUGUUGCUACAGGGUUGCCACACUUAUGCAACACGUUGCAUGCAACAAUGUUACAAGAUGUUGCUUUGAAAUGUUGAGUGUGUUUGACUGGGCCUUAAGAAUACAAAUCAAUGACCUCAUGCAGUGCUUAUGAUUUAACCAAAAGAUUUUGAUUUGCUGUCCAGGGCACCAACUAUUAGAUCACUGCAUCAAGGCUUGUGGCUGUAGCUAAUAAAUGAAGAUUUAGAUUUACUUCACCAUUUGACUGCAUGAUUGAAUUAGUGAAAGCUGUUGAGGCACCUCUAACAAGAUAAUACAAUUAAAUUUCAAUGCACUCAUUGUUAGGUGGAAGGAAGAAUUACAAUGGUCACAGAAGCAGAUAAGGAAGCGAGUAGGACUUGCUUUCCAGAAAAUGAGACUGUGCCUCUGAGUGAGCAAGUUAAACAAACACAGAGUCAAGAUACUUCACAAGGGGUAUGUUUGAGAGGUUUCUCUUCUUUAUUGUUUUGUACCAUAGAUUGUACUUUGAGUGUUUGUUCUGUACAUGUCAAACUCGUGAGCUCAGGCAGAGGCUUUUAAGAGGGACUGUUACUUUCAAAAUUUGGUCAAUGGACUCUAAAAUCUGAUUUUUAGAGAUGUUGAUAGAUUUAGUAGCACACGCAGUCUUGUAUCUCAUUUCUCAAUAACCUCUUUUUUCAUGAAUUAGAAUGAAUGCUUAGAGAAAAGUGAUUCUUCAGAACAAAUAGCGACUCAUCUAAAUGGAUCAGAAGUGGAAAAGACAGAUCAAAAUGGAUCAGAAGUGGAAAAUAGCACACAAGUUGAAUUGGGAACACACAAGAAACAAAAUAAGGAUAAUGUUGAGGACACUUCAGAUGAAAUUUUAGCAGUUGAAAAAGAAGUUACUUUACUGGACAAUUUAGCGGGCAAACUGAAAAAUGAUCAGAAUGAGGACAUCAUGAACAGAAACAUUAAAAACACAGCUGAUAAACAAGUAAAAGAGGUAGAAAAACAACAAGAAGCAGGCAAUGAAGAUCAGCUUUUGACAGCUGAUGUUAAAACUGAAAAACCUGAGCAAAGGAUAGAUAAUUCUUUGGUAAGUUUUUACACUGAUUUCUCAUGGACUUUGUCGACCAAUUUAUCAUUGUUUACAGUAACACUCUUUCCCUUUGUGGAAAACACUUCACAAUGUACAUCAGGACAACUGAGAUUAAACUGUAUUAUUUUUUAAAUGCAGUUUGCCAAGACUUACAGUUGAAAGUGAUUAAUUUCAUAUUUUGUUAUAACAUCUUUCCAGGGACCAGAUAUGGCAACAGAAGAUGAGUACUGGGAUUUGUGGGAGGCAGUAAAAGAAGAUGACAUUGAUGUGGUACUUGGAACAAGCCAAUGUAGCAUUUUUUUUGUUUAAUUUUUUUGGCAGAAGAUGAUAAGUGCUUGAGGUUUCUAACUGUCCUUUCUUGCUGAGUUUUAUAGGUGGAAAAUCUUCGCCAGGAGAAGAACAUUAGAUUCACUCGAUGUCAGGAUAACAAAACCAUUCUUCAUCUUGGAGCAGAGAGAAAUGCAGUCAAGGUAUUUGAAAUUGAGUUGUGUCAGCAUAUCUGGGAAAAUAAUCUGCUCUUUUUCAAUCCUGUCUUCAAGCUUAAAGCUUCCCUCUUUAUUACCAAUGCUGAGCACAUCUAAAGGAGAAGUAAUUUUUUAAGGUCUUGUGUCACCGUCCAAAAAGCUGUAUUCAAGGACUUUUAUCAUUUCAUCUACCCAGUGUGGAGACAAAGACAAUGAAAAUGAUAAAGACAAUAUUAAUGAUACUGAAUGAUUAAGUUAAUCAUUAUAAUGAUAAUUAUGAUCAUGACAGUGACAUUGACAUUGACAGUUAGAGUGAUAGUGAUUGUGAUAAUGAUAAUGCUGAUGAAAAUGAAACUUUUUAAAGGUAAUCCAGUACUUGCUGACUCAUGGAAAAAUGGAUCCAAAUGUCAAAGAUGAAAUAUUACAGGUUUUUUCAUUAAGCAUUUUUAGUAGAUUACUUAGUCCUGAAACAAUUUUAUCAAAUGCAUGUCAUGCCAGGUCAUCAGUUUGAAUGAUUAGGUAUUUUUUAUUUAGUAAUAAAUCUUUAUAAAGAAAAGAUGGAGAAUAUUGGUAAUUUUCAGUGAAGGAGUGCAUAAUAAUGGGAGUUUAUUUCAGUCAUUUCUUUAUGUGUCUUGUUGGGGGCUGGUUCUUGUCCACAAUGGACAAGCCAGGCGAGAGUCAACUGUACUUAAGUUCUCAAUGAACACACAGCUGACACAAACCAAUUGUUUCCUAUAUUUUCAACAGGGUAGUUUUAAGAAGAAAUUCCAGUGAUUUGUCUUGUCUAUUUAGGGGGUCCCUCUCCAUGGCGCAGCAGAAUAUGGAUCAAUUGAUGCUGCCAGAGUUCUUUUAGAGCAUGGAGCAGAGGUAAAUCAAGUGAAACUUGCUGGAACUGUUGAUAAUAGACAAUUUGUCCUGACUAGGUUGUUCAUUUUCAGUUGAGCCCUUUGUAAAUUGAGGAUUAUUCUUUUUUUUUUUUUUUUUAAUUUACAUGAAAUUGAGUUUGAUACCCUUAUCUUCAUCCAGAUCAACAAGCAAGACCUAAUUGGGAAUACAGCAUUACAUAUUGCUUGCGAACAUGAACAGGUGAGAUGCCAAGAGGAAAGCAAAAGAUUGAUAGCCAAUGACGUAAUGCUACAUUCUAUUAUAGAAAAUAACAUUAGUUAUAAAAACGUUACUGUGACCUGAUUGGUUGGAUGCUUGUUUUGUAUUUAAAUUAUGAUGAAAAGUUAGAUUUGUACAAAUUAUGGAGCAGAAAAUCAGUUAAGCAGAGUCUGAUGAAAUGUGCUGGUAUAUUGUUUCAUUUUUAAAGGUUAAAAUGAGAACAUUCCUCAUUGAUCAAGGUGCUGAUAAAACUAUAAAAAACUCAGGUAUGUAAUAAACUUAUUUUGAUUAUAUGAUUGUUUUUUAAGGAGGAAUGCUUUUUUAAAAAGUUACACUCAGUAUGUUUUGUUGUUCCAACAUUGUAUACUAAGAAUAUGAUAUCUUAAAAACACUUUUUUUAUAGACAUUUUAUCUCUCCAGAUGAAAGUAUGUCUUAUGUCAUCACUAGUGCAUGAUAAGGAGACUGGAAAACAACUCCCAGGAAACCCACAGAUGUCCCUUUUCCAACUAAUGGUCUUCUCAUCCUGCAGGUCACUUUACCCUUUUGGGCUUCUCAUCUUGUGUGUCUUCUCAUCCAGCAGGUCUUCUCAGCCAGUGCAUCUUUUCAUUCCAUGGGUCCUCUCACCUUGUAGGUCUUCUUGUUCCAUGGGUCUUCUUGUUCAGCAGGUCUUCUCAUCCAGCAGGUCUUCCUAUCCUGCAGUUCUUCUCAUCCAGUGGAUCUUCUCAUUCCAUGGGUCUCUUUAUCCCACAUGUUUUCUCAUCUCACAUGUCUUCUUAUCCAGUAGUUCUUCUCAUCCAGCAUAUCUUCUCAUCUCGUAAGUCUUCUCAUCCAGUAGGUCUUUUCAUUCCUCAGGUCUUCUCAGCCAGUGGGUCUUUUCAUUCUUUGGGUCUUUUCAUCCUAGGCGUCUUCUCAUUCUGUGAGUCUUCUAAUCCAGCAAGUAUCCUCAUUGUGCAGGUUUUCUCAUUCUGUGGGCCCUCUAAUCUCUUGGGUCUUCUCAUUCAAUGGGUGUUCUUUAUCCUGCAGGUCUUCUCAACAAGCAGGUCUGAUCCUGUGCGUGUUCUCAUCUUGUGCAUCUUCUCAUCCUGUGAUCACUCUUAUCCUGCAUAUUUUGGUCUACCCUUUCCACAGGUCUUAUGAUCUAUAAUCUAUAAGCUAUAACACAAUGCAUUUUUUAUAGGUGGUUUUUGUCCAGAUAGUACUGAGAUGAUAUGUUGUGUUCUUGUAUUCCUUUUUUUUUCUUGCAGAUGGUGAAACUCCUACUGUUUAGAUACAAAUUAUUAAAUAUGUAUUUUGACUUUUGUGUAGAUUACUUGUGAAAAUUUAUGAAAAAUCACUCAAGAUUCUCUGAGAUGCACAGCUAAUCAAAAUUUGUAUUGAGAUAAAUUAAAAGUUUAGGGCUACUUCUUUAACAUUCUUCUUAUGAAAAUAUAAACAGAAAGGAUUUGCCUUUAAGUUGUUGUUAAGUGGUAUCCUAGGUUAAUGUUUUCCUUCUUUUUUUUUUUUUCCUUAAUUUGCUUUCUUAGCUCUGUCAUUAUCUUUCCAGUGAUCAGGAAAGUAUUUUGAGGGUGCUGGUGUACUAAUAAAUUAUUUCAACUAGCAAGAUGAAAAUAUUGUUAAUUAGUAUAUACAACACAGGUAAAUAGUGCUUUUCGCAUGUGCUGAUUGGCUAGUUAGGAAGUGAUUAGCAAGUACUAUUCACUACUAAGCAGCAAAAUAUACAGAAGUGCACAUCUAGAGUUAAAUCUCUGACCAUAUUUUGGUAUAUUGACAGAAGUAAACUUAUUUUUUCGGUUUUGUGUGGCAUAUGCUAAAACAAUUAUGCACCUUAGUAUUGGGAAAGGUGUGGAUGCUUACUUACAAAUAUUUUUGAUGUAAAAUAAUGGAAAUUUGUAUUUAUAGUAGUUGUAUUUAGCACAAAGAUUAUCCAUUAUUUGAUUGUAAGAUUUUGUAAUAUUUGUUUGAAGGGAGUCUUGAAGAAGUUAUUUAUUAAAUGGGUACUAUUUUUUGACAUGAAGGAAUGUUAUUAAGGGCUGUAAACAGUUGAAAUUAUGAAAGUUUUCUUAAUAAAUGGUUUCAAUAAAGUAAUACCUUGAAGGACAUAGUGAUGUGAAUUAUACAAUAUUAUAUAUGACAGAGUGCUUGUACUGAAUACUAUUGGACACAAAUCCCAGUGCAAGAGCAGUAUGUGGUGUGAGCAGGGCCUGAAAAGGUCCUGCAAGAUGCUAGUCAAAGGAAGAAAUAGAAGGGGCGAAAGUCACUGCUGACACAUAGUAAAAUGCUGAUUGAUCAAGUGAGGUUAGGCCUGACAGGAACAUUUUUGGCUUUUGAUCAUGUCACAUGUACCUUGCUGAGUUUAAUCAAUUAGCUAUUAGUUCAAGCCAAAUAUUUAUCUCUCCAACCCAUCCACUUAAUCAACAAUAUCUCACAUGAAGUCACAAAAUCAGUCUAAUAAUUUGCCUUCUAGCUGCAAUGCACUUCAUUGUAAAUUGGUUUAAAGAAUAGUUGUUUAACUAAUUCACAAAGAAAAAAAUGAACUGUACCAUGGAGUUUGGUUUCAAACCAAAUCAAAGAAGUGCAUUGUACAAGAUUAAAGAGAAGGGAAAGUGCAUUGUACAAAAUUGAACUGCCUGAAGAGAAAGAACUAACUUUUUAUCACACUGAUGUGACUUUGACUUUAUUUAUAUUACAAAUUAAUAUAAUUUCCUACAAACAGGUAACAAGAACAAGCUGUUGUAUAAGCUCUAUGGUGUAUCUUCAUAAACAUGGAAAUUUUUUUAGGAGGGGUGGGGGGGGGGGAGGAGGAGGAAGGGGAGAGAGGUACAAUAGUUGUGAGUCAUUUUACUUUAUUGCACCUAAAUUUUUUAAUUAAAAAUCUUCUAAUUUGCAAGUGUCAAACAUUGUGACAGUGUGAGGUAGUGCAUAAACUGUAUUGCAGAAGUUGCUAAAACCCUUUAAACCCUAAGUAACCAGCAUCUAAUUUCUCCCUACAGUAUUUUUGGUGAAUCAUUCAUUAAGAACUAGAGAAUAAAGAAAAUGAUUGCUAACCUAAGAUGCUUUGAUAGUUAAACAAAUUGUCCCUGUCAGUACCAAAGGUAAUGUAGAGAGGAGUAUGGAGAAUAAGGAUUCUGGCUUUAGGGUUUAACCCUUUAACUUUAACUCCCAUGAGUGACCAAGACAGAAUUUCUCCUUACAAAAUUGAUAUGAUAUCAAUCAGAUAAGUGAUAAGAACAAAGAAAAAUAUCAAUUUGGGGUUAAUUAAUUGAUCCAAUGCUAAAUUCUCUGAACUAACAUAAGAAUUGUAUGGUUAACAGUAAGGAGAAUUACAAAUUUGAUCUAGGAGUUAAAGGGUUAAAUUAUCACGCUAACAAAAUUACAACUUCACAAUAUUUAUUUAGCAAAUUGGUAUACAUUUCUUUCACUUUCUUGAGACAAUUUUCUCUCCAAUAUUAUUUAACAUUAAAAAUUUCAGCAUAAAGUACUUUGUUGAAUUUUAUCAAAUAAGCUGGACAAUCAAUUUUGUGCCAUUUCAUUUCAGUUUGAGAGAUUCCAGAUAAUAAAAAAAUAUAUUCAAAUAUUAAUGAGCCAAAACUGAAUGCAUAACAUCUAAUUAACAUUACACAAGAAUGAAAGGACAUUCUCAAAUCCUUGUGCAUCACUGCCAAAAUCUGACAAAGAAUUUAGUAUACGUAAGCAUUUUACAGCAAUUUUUUGCAAUGCUGACCUAAAUCCGUUUGUUUCAAGCUCCUACAGCAUGUGCAUGCAGCUAAUUCUAUCAUUCUUUGAAGUUGCAUCAAUGGGUUAGAUGUUACACUGCUUCAGUAUGACUGCUUAGUUUGAUGGGAAAAAGGUAUUAACAGCUCUUGAAUGAAUAACAGAUCUUGAAUGUGACAAUUAAAUAUUCAGAAGUGAGUCUGGAUAAGCAAAAAUUCCUUAUAAUUGAGGUUCAGAUAAUUUAAGUUUGAUUUUAUUUAAUUUUCAUAAUCAUAUCCUUUCCAAAGGUGGAAAUAAAAUUGUAUUGGUUUCUAAAGUGUGCUUUCUUAAGAGUGUCUUCUGAAAAUCACAAUUUUGAAUAAAUUGCUGCUGUAGUUCUUCCACAUGGAUGAAAGACAUAAAAUGUUGUACAUUAAAAUAAUAAAAUGCUUUGGUCAACACACAAAAUGUAUCCAAUGUUAUUUACAGUAUGUUUUUUCUAGUAAAAAGGUAUUAACAGCUCUCGAUUUCCUAAUAGAAUAUUUUGCAAAGAAACACCCAAGUAUUAAAAUCUUAGCCCAACCUUACAGUUUCUUUUGUUACAUUGUUGGCUACAUGGAAAUGUGUUCAAACAACUUUUGAGGUAGACAAGUCUGUCUUUCGCAAUAUUUCUCUUGUGAAGUUUGCCUUGAAGCCUUGACUUCAAGAGCACAACCCCAGCUCUCUAGCUCAUAUCCAAACUGUCCAAUGUGUACCAUUCACCCAGUGAGUUUUUCUGCACACCAUAAAUACAAUGUUACUCAAAAUAGUUAAUCAUACAGUAACAUUAAGGUAAUAAAGUGAAAAAUUGUACCACAAUAUCAUUUCUGUAUCUUAAAGUUCCCAGUUGCUUCAGUCAAUCAGUUCACUAGUGUCAUGAUGUUGGAUAAGGUUGGCCCUACAUUGGAGCUGGAGGCUCCUGUAUAAAAUGCAUUACAUUACUGUGAAGCGCAAAGUAAAUAAAUUAAUUAAUGAUCCCUUAUAAAUCGUAGUGAAUUAGGAAUGAAAUACAAUAAGAAUGUAGAUAUUAAGGUAUAUCUAAAAAUAUAUAAAAGCUACUACCCAUCAAUAUUAACUAUGAUAGGCUUUACUUUUAACUGUUGUUGAAAACACACUUGAAUCUUGAAUGGAAGUAGGUUUAUGUCUAAGUGUGCAGAGUAUCAUAUGCAACAUACCAGCAAAUGUGACCAUCAAGUGGUGCCAAUCAACCAUAACCAUGAGAUAUGUUGAACAAGGCUCAGUUGAUCAAAGAGCAGAUAAAGCUAUCCAGAAGAUAAGUGUUAGCAAAACAUACUGCCCUUUCAACCAGACAGAGAUUUAUCCAGUGCAUAGUGUUAUCCUCUCUUUGAACAACAAGGUACACAGAUAUUUCUUUGUAUACAUAUAUGUGUAUUUUCAGAUUCUACAAUCAACUGUUGUCUUUUUCAUCAUUUGAAAUGUCCCUUGCAGGUACAUAAGUUUUCUGUGUUACAGAUAUUCUUUUGGGAAACACAUUGCAAGAAGUUAAAUAUGUGUAGCCUUCAGGGCUCAGUUGUAUUAUGGGCCAAUAAUGCUAUCCAAUGGAUAAAUCGCUAUCCAGUGGAAAAGGGAAAGCAAAAUGUAUAACAUUAUUCACCAGAUAGAGUUUUAUCCAGUGGAUAGUGUUAUCCAAUCUUCAAAACAACUGAGACCAGGUCUGUAUCCCCAUUUUUCUCUACCAUGGAAGGAUGUGUACUUCAGAUUACAAUGGAUUUUAACAUCCUUCAAGUACCCCAGCACAACCACUUGAAAUGGACUGUCCAAGCUCUCACUUUGCAAGGAGCGUAUCAGUUUGGUUGACCAGUUCCCACCAACAAAUUCAACUACACCUGGUUAGAUGUCAAACUGAAGACUUGACUGACGAAACAGUAACUGGAAUAGCCUUGAGCUCAGUUCUCAUACAAACAAAUUCACCUAUCACAGCCAUCAAUGCCAUACAUGUUAAGUUCAACAUCCACCAGCUACCGGAUGAUGGAAAACCAUCAUAA